AUGUCAAGUUCCUCACUCCGAGGACAAGGUUUUCACUAUGAGGGCAAGGUUUAUCACGCUGAAGACAAGGUUCCUCACUUUGAGAAAAAAGUUCCUCACUCUGUGGACAAGGUUCCUCACACUGAGGAAAAGGUUCCUCACUCUGACGACAAGGUUCCUCACUCUGAGGAGAAGAUUCCUCACUUUGACGACAAGGUUCCUCACUCUGAGGACAAUGUUCUUCAUUCUGAGAACAAGGUUCCUCACUCUGAAGACAAGGUUCCUCAGUCGGAGAACAAGGUUCCUCACUCUGAGGACAAGGUUCCACACAUUGAGGAAAAGGUUCCUCAUUCUGAGGACAGGGUUUCUCAUUCUAAAGACACGGUUCCCCACCCUUAAACCAUGUUCCUCGCGCUGAGGACAAAGUUCCUCACUCUGAGGACAAGGUACCUCACUCUGAGGUCGAGCUUCCUCACACUGAGGAAAAGAUUCCUCACUAUGAAGACAAGGUUCCUCACUCAGAGGAAAAGGUUGCUCACACUGAGGACAAGGUUCCUCUCUCUGAGGAGAACCUUCCUCACUCGGAUGACAAGGUUCCUCACUCAUAGGACAAGGAUCCUCACUCAAAGGACAAGGUUCCUCACUCUGAGGACAAGGUUCGUCGCUCUGAUCAUGAGGACAAGGUUCUUCACACUAAGGACAAGGUUCCUCACUCUGAACACAACGUUCCGCAAUCUGAUGGCAGGUUCCUCAGACUGCGGACAAGGUUCCUCGCUCUGAUGACAAGGUUCCUCACCCUGAGGACAAGGUUCCUCACACUAACGUUAAAGUUCCUCACUCUGAGAACACGGUUCCUCAUUCUGAAGACAAGGUUCCUCACUCUGAAGUCAGGGUCCUCACUCUGAGGACAAGGUUCCUCACACUGAGGACAAGGUUUCUCACUCUGAGAACAAGGGAUUGUCACUUUGAGGACAAGGUUCCUCACACUGAGGAGAAGGUUCCUCACACUGAGGACAAGGUUCCUCUCUCUGAGAACAAGGCUCGUCACUCUGACGACAAGGUUCCUCACUCUGAGGACAAGGUUCGUCACACUGUGAUAAUGUUGCUCACUCUGAGACCAAGGUUCCUCACUCUGACGACAAGGUUCCUCACCCUGAGGACAAGCUUCCUUACUCUGAGGGCAAAGUUCCUCACACUAACGACAAGUUUCCGCACUCUGAGGACAAGGUUCUUCACACUAAGGACAAGGUUCCUCACUCCGAAGACAACGUUCCGCACUCUGAUGGCAGGUUCCUCAGACUGCUGAGAAGGUUCCUCGCUCUGUGGACAAGGUUUCUCACUCUGAGGACAAGGUUCCUCACUCUGAGGGCAAGGUUCCUCACACUAAGGACAAGUUUCCUCACUCUGAGGACAAGGUUCUUCACACUAAGGACAAGGUUCCUCACUCUGAAGACAACGUUCCGCACUCUGAUGGCAGGUUCCUCAGACUGCGGACAAGAUUCCUCGCUCUGAGGACAAGGUUCCUCACUCUGAGGACAAGGUUCCUCACACUAAGGUCAAGUUUCCUCACUCUGAGAACGAAGUUCUCCUCUCUGAAGACAAGGUUGCUCUCUCUGAAGUCAGGUUCCUCACUCUGAGGACAAGGUUCCUCACAUUGAGGACAUGGUUCCUCACUCUGAGAACAAGGGAUGCUCACUCUGGGGACAAGGUUCCUCACACUGAGGAGAAGGUUCCCCACACUGAGGACAAGGUUCCUCAUUCUGAGAACAAGGUUCCUCACUCUGAAGACAAGGUUCCUCACUCUGAAGUCAGGUUCCUCACUCUGAGGACAAGGUUCCUCACCCUGAGGAAAACGUUCCUCACACUGAGGACAAGGCUCCUCGCUCUGAGAACAAGUUUCCUCACUCUGAGGUUAGCGUUCCUCAUUCUGAGGACAAGGUUCCUCACUCUGAGGACAAGGUUCCUCACUCUGAGGAGAAGGUUCCUCACUCUGAGGACUAGGUUCCUCACUCUGAGGACAAGGUUCCUCACUCUGAGGACAAGGUUCCCCAUUCUGAGUACAAGGUUCCUCUCUCUGAAAACAAGGUUCCUCACUCUGAGGACAGGGUUCCUCACUCUAAGUACAAGGUUCCUCACUCUGAGUACAAGGUUCCUCACCCUCAGGACAACGUACCUCACUCUGAGUACGAGGUUCCUCACACUGAGGACAAGGUUCCUCACCUGGGGACAAGGUUUCUCACUCUGA